CACCCACCCACCCCCAGAAACUUAAAAAAUGUAGACCACUUUCCUGCAGUUACAUAGUCAGGCAUGGCAAACCCCGGCACCACUUAGUGUUGAAUAAGUGUGCGUCUGACCUUUCUGCUUACGUGGUAACCCAAGGUGUAGAGAAGCCUGACAUUCAGGGGCCUUGAGGGACCUCAACGCCACACAAGUUACAAAUGCAGCCCCCAACAAAAAUAUCCUUGCACACAUGUAACUACAGCCCUCGAUGUGUACCCUCAGAAAGCUGAAUACGAGGUGCAUGAAGAUGUUUCUGGCCCCUCCCUGACCUUCAGCUUUCAUGGAGAGAGCCAGGAGGCGCCCUGCUGCGUGAUAAGCCUCAGGGAGGCAAAGUCCCCCUGCCACCCAGUCUUAGGCACAGAUUCACCCCGAAAGUGAGAUAGCAAGCAUGAACCUGGCCGUUGGUUGGGGGCAGAGGGGCUGUGACAUGCAGCAGACAGAGCACAGCCAGGAUCUGAGAAGCGCUGCCUUCCGAUAACCUCUAACCCCCAGCCCCCUCCAGAGAGGACUUUAGUCUCUGGAGCUGUCGGCUCUCAGUGGGAUAAGCGCUCCGUAGGUAGGGCUGAGAAGGGAAGGAAGAGGACACAGCUGCCCGCGGCCCACUCCAGACUGCCACCAUGGAGCCAAAGGGGUCCCAACUGCGGCGAAGAGAAGGGCUGGGAGAGGAGCAGCAGAAGGGAGUCUGCGGAGAAGGGAACAUCAAGACGCACAGAACCCCAGACUUGGUGCAAUGGACCCGACAUAUGGAGUCUGUGAAGACCCAGUUUCUGGAGCAAGCCCAGAGCCAGCUGGCGGAGCUGCUGGAUCGGGCCAUGUGGGAGGCUGUGCAAGCUUACCCCCAAGACAGACCAGUUCCCUCCGCUGCCCCAGAUACCACAAGCAAGACCCGGGAAUUACCCCAUGCAAAACGGAAAGUUUUCAUCACCCGGAAGUCACUGCUCGAUGAGCUGAUGGAGGUGCAGCAUUUCCGAACCAUCUACCACAUGUUCAUCGCGGGUUUAUGCGUCUUGAUCAUCAGUACCCUGGCCAUUGACUUCAUUGAUGAGGGCAGGCUGAUGCUGGAGUUUGACCUACUCAUCUUCAGCUUCGGACAGCUGCCCUUGGCGCUGAUGACGUGGGUUCCCAUGUUCCUGUCCACUCUGCUAGUGCCCUACCAGACCCUGUGGCUCUGGGCCAGGCCGAGAGCCGGGGGCACCUGGAUGCUGGGGGCCGGCCUGGGCUGUGUUCUGCUGGCUGGCCAUGCAGCGAUGCUCUGCGUCCUUCCAGUCCACGUAGCGGUGAAGCAUCAGCUUCCGCCCGCCUCAAGAUGCGUGCUGGUCUUUGAGCAGGUCCGGUUCCUGAUGAAAAGCUACUCCUUCUUGAGAGAGACUGUACCUGGGAUCCUUUGUGUCAGAGGUAAGGGUAUCAGUGCACCUAGUUUCUCCAGCUACCUCUACUUCCUCUUCUGCCCUACCCUCAUCUACAGAGAGACAUACCCCAGGACACCCAGCAUCAGGUGGAGCUAUGUGGCCAAGAACUUUGCCCAGGCCCUGGCCUGCGUGCUCUAUGCCUGCUUCAUCCUGGGCCGCCUCUGUGUCCCCGUCUUUGCCAAUAUGAGCCGUGAACCCUUCAGCACACGAGCCCUGCUGCGCUCAGUCCUGCAUGCCACAGGCCCAGGCAUCUUCAUGCUGCUCCUCAUCUUCUUCGCCUUCCUGCAUUGCUGGCUCAACGCCUUCGCCGAGAUGCUGCGAUUUGGAGACAGGAUGUUCUACCGGGACUGGUGGAACUCUACCUCCUUCUCCAACUACUACCGCACCUGGAACGUGGUGGUCCAUGACUGGCUGUACAGCUACGUGUAUCAAGACGGGCUGUGGCUCUUGGGCCGGCGGGCCCGCGGGGCGGCCAUGCUGGCAGUGUUCCUGGUAUCCGCAGUUGUGCACGAAUACAUCUUCUGCUUCGUCCUGGGGUUCUUCUACCCAGUCAUGCUGAUGCUCUUCCUCGUGGUCGGGGGGCUGCUGAACUUCACCAUGAAUGACAGGCAUACAGGUCCAGCCUGGAACAUCCUGAUGUGGACCUUGCUCUUCCUGGGCCAGGGCAUCCAGGUCAGCCUAUACUGCCAGGAGUGGUAUGCUCGGCGACACUGUCCUUUGCCCCAGACAACAUUCUGGGGGCUCGUGACACCUCGAUCUUGGUCCUGCCAUCCCUAGAAGUCAAGGCACCAUACUGCCCGGAUAACGGCGUUGAUUCUUCCCUAUCUGCAAAGCCCAGGGCCAGGGCUCCUCACCGCACUCCCUACCCCAUUUGGAGUCAGGGACUUGCACACAGGACCUGCCAGGGGCUACAGGGACUCAGGUACACACCUCUGCGGGCAGCUGACCACGGACUCAGCAUGAAGUGACUUGAGCACCACUCUCUGUGGACUGGGCACAGGUUACCUUCUUACCCAGGGCUCUCUAGAUGUGAGGAGACCCAGAGGAACAAAGGCCACCAAAGUCUGAGAACUGUCCGCUUCUCCUACUCCUCCCCAUGCAACAAUAAAAUCUUUGUUUCCCUUUUCAUUCAUCUCCA